UAGAAGAAGAUUUUGGACGCGGCGUGGUUCCUAACCAUAACCUAACUAUAAACGCGUGAGUUUCGAGAGCAUUUCUCAGUUUUUCAGUUAUAGAAGUUGCUUUGCUCCUCCGUGAAGCGCCUGAAAUCGCCGAGAGGUUGCAUCAUAAAGAAACAAGGAUCUAGAUCGUACUUUCAACAUAAUGGCUGAGGAAAUUAACCCCAAGGCAUAUCCCCUUGCCGAUCCCGUCCUGACGACGAAAAUCCUGAAUUUAGUUCAGCAAGCGAUGAACUACAAGCAACUGCGGAAAGGAGCUAACGAAGUUACCAAAACUUUGAACCGCGGUAUUUCUGAGUUUAUUGUUAUGGCCGCUGAUGCAGAACCCAUUGAGAUUCUGAUGCAUUUACCGUUGCUGUGUGAGGACAAAAACGUGCCGUAUGUUUUUAUCAGGUCCAAGCAGGCUUUAGGACGAGCGUGCGGUGUCUCACGGUCUGUAAUUGCUUGCAGUGUAACCAUAAAUGAGGGUUCUCAACUGAAACCUCAGAUUAUCACCAUUCAGCAGGAGAUUGAACGGUUAUUAGUGUAGAUAUUGACGUAUUUUUAUAUUAAAUCUCAACAGUAAUUAUGAGCCAAUAAUACUGACAGAAA